UCACUUGGACUGCAUCCUGAUACACUGACAUACUGCAGGCUGGAAAGAUAGCUGCUCAAUCAUGUCGUCGGCUGCGCCCGAGAGCGACAGCCAGGAGACCAAGGAGCCAACAACACCGCAGGAGCCACUGCUCAAGUACGAGCGCGUUGGCGGGCACUUCCACGCCAUCUUCAAGGACGAUUCGCUCAGCUGCAUCGCUCUGCACGUCAACUUUGCAUGUGCUGGAACGUACGGAGGCAACGUGCUGCUCUUGGAGCUGGAUGGCCGAUUCAUCCGUCGCCUCCACCAACACUACAAGAAAGUGAACCAAGUGUGCAUCGAUGAAACCGGCCAGUUUAUCGCUUCUUGCUCGGACGACGGCACCGUGGCCGUGUAUACACUAUUUCCAUUUGCUGGCGCUUCUGGGGCUAGUGACAUCAGCGGAAACAAACACGCCAGCAACCAGAACAAAGAGAAGGCGAGGCAGGUCGCCGUGUCCAGUACCGGGGGUGAGGUGAACAUCUACAACUACUUCAGCGCUGUAUACGCCGUGCAACUGGAAGACAGAUACGCCAUGAAACGAGACAAGAGUUUCGCGUGCGGCGGAGUGGGUGGGCAGCUGAUUAUCAACAAGAAAGGCUGGAUCAUCGACAAGGAGAGCACGGUACACGAGGGCGAAGGUCCCGUGCAGCUUAUUCGCUGGAAAGACGGCCUGGUAGCGUGGGCUAACGACUGGGGAGUCAAGGUCUACGACUCGGAGAACGACCAGCGCAUCACGUACAUCGAACGCCCGCCUAAUUGUCCGCCUAUGGAGCUCUGUCGAUGUCAUCUGGAGUGGCAAAGCAACGACGUGCUGCUUGUUGCAUGGGCCCACACCUUACGAGUAGUGACGUUCAAGAAAGGGCAGUCAGAGCAGCCUGCGUCACCCACUUCAGCUGCUGCGCUGGACGCCGUGGAACUUCAAUCGGGUACCGUAACAGCGGAAGUGGUGGCUCUACUGACGUUCGAUUUCUUUGUCGCUGGGAUCAGUCCAUGGGGUGGCGGCUCCGUCGUGUCUGUGCUGGCCUUCCGUCCUCCAGGAUCUGGAGUUUCCACUGGACCACCGACAUCCAAGUCUGCGAGAAUUGAAGGUGAAGGCGAGAGUGGAGAGAUGCCAUAUCCUGAGGUGCAUGUGGUGCGUCUGGACGGCAAACAAGUGAGUGCCGAUCUACUGAACCUUAGGGGAUACCAGCGACUACGUGCGUCCGAUUACAUGAUGCCAACGCUUCGCUACGCUCACACACAUCCGUCGGAUUUUGAGUCCACCGACCCGUCUUCGAUCUAUGACGCUGGAUACGGACAGCUCGCCUACGUCUGCACCCCGAAAGACGUCGUUAUCUGUCGCUUACGUGACGCUGAUGACCGUGUGGAGUGGGCGUUGGCGAGGAAACAGUACGAUCGAGCUCUGGACGUGGCUCUGCAUGACCCUCAAGCUCUUCGACGUGUGGUGCUUGCAGAUGUUAUGGAGACGUAUCUGGGAGAUUUAUUGCGUCAGAAAGCAUUUCAGAAAACUGCUGAGGAGAUUCAUCGUCUCUUUAUCGGCGGAGGAGAAGACUACGCUAAACUAUGGGAGAAGUAUGUGUACGUGUUCGCUCAGAGAGGCCAACUGAGUGCCAUUGCACGCUUCAUGCCGACAGCUAGUCCACGGCUGCCCAAGGUGCAGUACGAGAUGGUGCUCAAGCACUUUCUAGACUCCGAUGCAGGCCAACUACUGGAACUGAUCCGGAAAUGGCCCAAACCAAGACGACAGGACACGCCAGCAGUGAAGCAGCAGGCCGAGAGCGACAACUCUGUUGCACCCGAGUACACUGAGACGACGCACGUGUUUGAGCCGUUGUACGACGCCCAGGCGUGGAUUAACCAGCUCGAAACGGUGGUCAGACGACGACGCAUUGCCGAGGCGGACGCAGAACGUCUCAGCGUCGAGACGAUGUACUUGAUGGAGGCGCUUGCAGAGCUGUACACCGCGACGGAGCAGUACGACCACGCGCUCCGUAUCUACUUGAGUCAAGGCGAGUUCUGCUCCAACAAGGACUUUGCCUUCAAGCUCAUCACGGAGCAUCAGUUGUGGUCGCUGGUAGCUAACAAGGUGGCGAACCUCAUGAGGAUCGACAAGGCCAUCGCAGUGCGGAUGCUGGUGAACCAGACGGAGCAGCUCAAGAUCAGCGACAUUGUGACGCAGUUGGAGGGCGAACCGGAGCUGUUGCACACGUAUCUACACGAACUGGUGCUGCAUCGCUUGAGCGAGUACAACUCGGAGAUCUACUCGGCGUUGCAUGAGAAGCAGGUCGCGCUGUAUGCCGAAUACGCGCCAGAUUUCCUGCUCAAGUUCCUGCAGACUAGCAACUUUGUGCCGCUGGAGAAGGCCUACAAGUACUGUAGCGAGCAUUCUCCUCCGCUGUGGGACACGAUGAUUUACAUUCUGGGUCGCAUGGGGCAGCACAAGAAGGCGCUGGAUCUCAUCUUAACGCAACGUGGAGACAUCAACCAGGCGAUCCAGUUUGUUCAGGAGCACGACGAAGGUUUGUGGGACUACCUCAUCGACCUGAGCUUGACCAGCAAGGACAACGUCGAGCAGCUGCUGAAGUUCGCCUCGCAACACAAAAUCGACCCUAUCAAGCUUAUUCGAAAGGCACGUUUGCGUAUCCCUGACGACAUGGAGAUCGAGAACCUCAAGCAGAAAUUAAUCGCCAUCAUCAUCAACUACCGCGUCCAGCAAAACUUGUGUAUCGGCUCUCGCAAGGUGUUCGACAACGAUCGCGUGGAGCUUCUGCACCGUCAAGUGGCGGCUCAUAAGCGCGGACGGCGAGUGGCAGCCAAGAAGGCGUGUGCGAUCUGCAGCGAGUUGCUACGUGCGCCGUCGUCCGGCAUGGAGACAGUCCACGCGUGUGUGUUUGAGUGCGGCCACUGCUACCAUUUGCCUUGUCUCGAGGACAAGAUGCGCAUGUGGAAGAGCGCGCAGGCGGUGGAAUCGGGCGACUUGAAUCGCACGCUGGGCUGCUUCGUGUGCGACCACAGCACACGCGCGUACGCUCGUUCAGGGGACUUGAACCAGCAGCUUGCAUCGUUGACGGCGCCACUGGCGCGAGGAGUCACGGAAGACCAGCUGCAGAAGGCCAAGGACAAUUUGCUGACCAUGGCAAGCGUAGCCGAGUAA